AUGCUCAAUCAGUUGAAAGCCAGUAUAGCUUCCGCAAAGGAAUUCGCCCUUUUCCUCAAGAAACGUUCCUCCAUCGAAGAAUCCCACGCUACCUCCCUCAAGAAGCUCGCGCGCCUGAGCCACGACGUCAUGUCCCAACCAGACCACAGGCAGGGAACCUUUGCCCAGUCCUACGCCGAGAUGAUGUACAUCCACGAGCGGAUGGCCGAGAACGGCAUGCAAUUCGCCGCCUCCCUGCACGCCAUGCACGACGACCUGAUGGAACUGGCCGCCGUCGCCGAGCGGAGCAGGAAAGGGUGGAAGGCCAACGGCCUCGCCCCCGAGCAGCGCGUCGCCGACCUCGAGGCCGUGCUGCGCAAGGCCAAGACCAAAUACGACUCCCUGGCCGAGGAGUACGACCGGGUCCGUACCGGAGACACCAGCCGCCAGGGCGGAAAGAUGUUCAGCCUGAAGUCCAAAUCCGGUCCGGCCCUCGAGGAGGAUCUACUGCGAAAAGUACAGGGCGCCGACCAGGAUUAUCACGGAAAGGUCCAGCAUCUCCAGGCCGAGCGGUCUGAGCUCAUCACCCGGACGAGACCCGAGGCCAUCAAGGCUCUCCAGGAGUUGGUUAAGGAGACGGAUUCUGGAGUGACGCUGCAGCUCCAAAAGUUCGGUAUAGGUCCCCGUUCCCCGUUCCCCGUUCCCCUCCGGAUGGUCCUCUCAGACUUGCUAAUAAUCUACACAGCUUCGUUCAGUGAGAAGCUGCUCCUCAGCAACGGUUUGACCAUCAGCCCGAUCAGGGGCAAGAGUGGAGAGCCGCCUGCCACCCGCAGCUUGCGGGACGCUGCACUCGCUGUUAACAACGAGAGGGAUCUGAACGACUUCGUCGCGAGCCACCACACCAGGCUUCCCCCUAAACAGGGAGAGCUCAAGUAUGAGCGGCACCCGGUCCUUUCACAGCCACAGCCAGCACCCCUGGGUCAGCAGCAACCUUACAGUCAGCAGCCCCCCCAGAUGGCUCAACAUUCGCAAAUGUCGCCCAGGGGGGGACCGCCCCGUGGCCAAUUUCCUGUACAGCCUGGGGGUCAGGGACAAGGUCCACCACAGCAGAUGCCCCCUCCUAACCGAUCUAGCACGUUCCAGAAUCCCAUGGGCGGACCUCAGGGUGGCCCUCCCGGCGGGCCAUAUGGCGGACCUCAUGGCGGACCCCAUGGCGGCUUUCCCCAGGGUGGUCCUCCUCAGGGCCAAGGAUUCCAACCCCCCGGUCCAAUGCCGCCUCCGGGCCCCCACCCUGCGCACCAGAACUACCCGCCGUCUUCCCCCCACAGCAGGAGCGUCAGCUACGGCAACAGCAUGCCCCCGGCAGGGGAUCCCUCUCUCCGUCGGCAGCAGGGGCCGCCGUCUCGCAACUCUGCUCUCCCGUCGGCCACGUACUCAAACUCGGCGAGCUCCCAAGGACCCCCGCAACUCGGGGCGCUUCCUUUCCAGCAGGCCCCAUCCCCACAGUCGACACAAGGUCCGCCGCCUCCCCUCGCCCAACCCCAACCCCAACCCCAACCCCAACCCCCACAUCCGCAGCAGGCCCAGGGACCACCGUCCCAAGGACAGUACCAGGCGUGGCAGGGAGGAGCCAAUCCUUUGCAGCAGCACCCCCCAGCGGGAUCGCCUAGGCCGGCACAAGCCCCGGUCGUUCCGGCCGGUGCCGGGUCUCAGGCGUCACCGCAAGCGCAGCAGAGCCGUCCGUCGCCGCCUCCCUCGGGCUCGCCGGUACCCUCUAGGCCAGUGUUCGGCAUGCCCCUAAAUAAGCUGUACGAGCGCGACGGGUUGGCCGUGCCCAUGGUGGUCUAUCAGUGCAUCCAGGCCGUCGACCUGUUCGGCCUCGGCCUCGAGGGCAUCUAUCGCCAGUCCGGGUCCAUGAACCACAUCAACAAGCUCAAGAACAUGUUCGACACCGAUUCGAGCAAUCCCGCCCUCGACUUUAGGAAUCCGGAGAACUUCUACCACGAUGUCAACAGCGUUACGGGCCUGUUGAAGCAGUUUUUCCGCGAUCUCCCCGACCCUCUGCUCACAUUGGAGCAACAUGCCGCCUUGAUCGAGGCAGCCAAACACGAAGAUGACAUUGUGCGCCGCGACUCGCUACACGCCAUCAUCAACGGCCUCCCCGAUCCCAACUACGCCACCAUGCGUGCCCUGACCCUGCACCUCCACAGGGUCAUGGACAAUUCGCACAUCAACCGCAUGAACAGCCAUAACCUGGCAGUGAUCCUCGGCCCCACACUCAUGGGAAGCGAUCCGAGCACGAGCAUUGCCGACGCCGGCUGGCAGAUCAAGGCCAUCGACACCAUUCUACAGAACACCUUCCAGAUUUUCGACGACGACUAG